AUGCAGAAAGAGAAAGAUCUCCAUCUCAAAAUCCAAGAACAAAUGAAGCAAGAAGAAAUUCUGUGGAGGCAAAAAUCAAGAAUAAAUUGGCUCACAACCACGGACCUGAAUACAAAAUUCUACCAUUUGUCAACCACAAUCCGGCGAAGAAGGAACGGAAUAGACUCGAUAAAGCUCGGACCAGGUAACUGGACUAUGGAUCAGAAUAUUAUUGAAUCUACUUUCAUUAAUUAUUUUGAAUCCAUUUAUGCCUCUACGAAUCCCUCAUUUCCGGAGAAUCUAGAAAACCUUUUUGUAAGUCAAAUCUCAGGAGAGGAAAAUGACAUCCUAAUUGCGAUACCCUCGGAUGACGAGAUUCUCGGAGCCCUAAAGCAAAUUCCUAACAACAAGGCUCCAGGUCCAGAUGGGAUGACAGGGCUAUUCUUCAAACAUUACUGGCACAUCAUCAAGCAGGAUGUGAUUGCGGCAGUGCAGAAUUUUUUUAGAAGUGGCAGACUUCUAAAACAGAUAAACCAUACCCAUAUAGCCCUCAUCCCCAAAAACGCUAGCCCAAGCACCCCACAGCACUACAGACCAAUCAGCCUGACCAAUGUCAUAUACAAACUCAUCACAAAAAUCUUGGCAAACCGACUAAAAAAUAUCCUUCCAAGUAUAAUUUCCCCUUUCCAAACAGCAUUUGUUUCGGGCCGCAAUAUAAAAGAAAACUCCAUCAUAGCACAUGAAAUGUUUCACCACCUAAAAAAUCACAGAGGUAAGAAGGGGAAGAUGGCUUUAAAACUGGACAUGGAAAAGGCUUUCGACUACAUAGAGUGGAACUUUCUGUUUGCAGUAUUGAAAGUCUUGGGCUUCAGCUCAACCUGGAUAAAUCUUAUCAAGGAAUGUAUAACAACGGCAACUUUCUCGAUACUCAUCAAUGGUUCUCCGAGGGGUUUUUUUAAAGCAGAGAGAGGUCUCAGGCAAGGUGACCCAAUCUCACCUUUUCUUUUUAUUCUCUGCACAGAGGUUCUCUCAAGACUCCUAGCAAAAUCAGAGGUCUUAAGGGAAAUAGAAGGAUGGGAAUUGAGCAAAAGCACCAACAACAUCUGGCAAAAUCUCCUAUCAAAAAAAUAUCUGAUUUCAAACUCAUUCAAAGACACGAUUUCAAAGGCCACCGACUCUCUCUUCUGGAAAGGUAUCCUCAGUACAAGAUCAUUGCUGGCAGAAGGUCAGUGCUUUAAAAUCACUAAUGGUUUGUCUGUAAGUGUUUGGUCCGAUCCAUGGAUACCCACAGUGGAAGGCUUCAAACCUACUCCCAUUAACCACUCUAUAGACACUUCAAGUGUAAUGAAAGUUUCAGAGCUGAUCUCUCAUACCAAUGGCCAAUGGAAUCUACCCAUCCUUAGAUCUCUUUUUCGGCAAGACAGUAUAAAUGAGAUUUUAAAAAUCCCUUUGGCUCAGACGAAUCAAGGCCCAGACACUCUCAUCUGGACUAAAACACAUAAUGGGAGCUUCUCAGUCAAAACUGCCCAUCAUCUAGCAUCUAGUAUUGCCUCCCAUUUGCCGUUCAGGGAUCUGAAUCCAGAUAUCCAGUGGAAUGAAAUAUGGAACCUAAAAAUCCAUGACAGGCACAAACUUCUUCUAUGGAAAAUCAUUUGGGAUAUUUUGCCAACGAGAGAGCGACUCAAAAGUUUCAUCCCCUCCUUAACUUCCAUAAAUUGUCCACUCUGUGACGAAGCGGAAGAGACUCUGCUACACCUCUUCAUAGCCUGCCCAAUCUCAAGAAUUCUCUGGAGUCAAAGUAAAUGGCCUCUUAACCUCACUUCCUUGGGUUUAUCUUCUAUAAAGGACUGGAUACAGUUUAUUUUAUUCCCCAAGGUGAAGCUGAGCUUAACUACUGAAGAAGAACAUCCUUUCAGGAUAUUUGCGGCACUGAUUUUAGACUUUAUAUGGAGGCUCAGAAACGAAAAGAUUCACAACCAGAAAGAUAUUUCACUGCAAAAAAUUUCACAACAGUUGAAUCUCUCCUAUGAAGAAAAUAUGCAUGCUUGGGGGGGAAAAUUCAGCAAUCUCUCACAGAAACCAUGGCAAAACCCUCCAACAAAUCAUUUAUGCAUUUCCUUCGAUGCAGCAGUCAGAAACUCUUGCUCAGUAGCGGCGGCGGUAAGCAGAAAUUCGAAAGGAGAGAUAAUAAUCAUACACACUGAGAAGAACCUCUCCACAACUCCUCUAGUAGCUGAAGCUCUAGCAGCAAAUUUGGCCCUCAAAAUGGCAGAAACAAUCAAAUUUCCUCGGGUUUCAUUAGUUGGAGAUUCUCAACAGGGUGACAACUUGGAGGUUGGGAGGGAGAUAGCGAGGGCCAUGUCAUUGGCCAAGGAGCUCCUAGUGGAUGCACCUGAGAUUGAGGUCACGGUGGCAUUGGUGGAGGUCCUGGUGGAUGCACCCAAGAUUGAGGUCUCGGUGGCUUUGGUGGAGGUCAAUGAAGCUUUGGCUACAGCGGCCGAUGUCAGGGCUCCAUUGCCCUCCACUUACACCAGCCCGACCUCGGCCUCAGUAAAAGCUAGAGCUGGAGUCAAAGUUGGUGGAGGCGCAAUGAAGCCGCGACCACUUUGGUGA